UUUGUUGCCAGGAGAUAUUUCGCCUUUUCCUCGUUCACUCCCACCUCCAUAUCCUUCGCUUCCUUAUCCAGUCAGGAGAAAGCAGAACUAACGUAAAAUAUGGCUCUACCUAUGGAGUUCUCAUCACCACACGAUUAUUUUAAAGCAUCGGUUACUUUCCUUAGAAAUCACUCUUGGAUCUACAGUAAUGCUAACACCCGAUUUAUAAGGGCCGGGGUAUUAGAACAGUUUCCACCAGAUUAUGUGAACUACUUCCUGAAACUCGAAAAUCACAGUUUGAAUACUUUUCCAUUUUUGAAUGAAAGUGAAGGUUUUAGCAAAGGCAUUGAACCUUCGCACUUGCAAUCAUUUCGUUCCACAAUAUUCCGGCUUAUACCAGAUGAAUUUCAUCAUAAACAAAGUGAUGAAGAAUCAAUAGACGUGCUUCCGAAAUGUCGUUUUCGAAAGAUGAGCAUAAAGAAGAAGCAUGAAAUAAUGAAGUUGAUGGAGAUUAUUCAAUUCAUUUGUAGUGAUACGUCCUUACUACUAGAUUUCGGAGCUGGUUUAGGUUACUUAAGUGAGGCAUUGUGUGGUGUUAAUAAAAAUUGGCGUAUUCUUGGAUUGGAAGCUGAUGCAUAUCGCGUAGAAGCAGCACGAAAGCGUCUUGGAAAACUAGAGCCUGAAGUGAGCAAACGUGUUGUUUACGUGGAACAGUUCAUUGGAAUGGACGACGGCGCUGCUAUUAGGCAUCACAUUACAUGUAACGAAUUAAAAGAUGAGACCGAUCCGACGCCUAAUUGGGCUAUUGUAGGUUUACAUGCUUGUGCUGAUCUUACUGUGGCAUCAAUAAAUCUAUUUUUUGAACUGGCGGAAGUUAAACGUUUAGUCAUUAUGCCUUGUUGUUAUCAUAAACUCCAACAACGUGUUGAUGGCAGCUUCUUACAUUUCCCAUUAAGUGCCGCGUUAAAAGCCGUAGUCUCGGAAACGGAGUCAGAUAUUGAUAGUUACUUUAAUCGGCCGUUUUUGCGUUUGGCCUGUCAAGAAACAAGCGCUCGUUGGCGUUCCUUAUCCGAAGAGGAUCACAUCGCGCAUGGAGAGCAUAUGUUUUGGCGCGCCGUAGCUGACGCCAUCAUUAAUGAUGAGACGGAAGAAAUAGCUAUAACCAAAAAUCAACAAUUAGGGAAAACUAACAACGAAAUUAAAAAUUUUUCUGUUUUUCGGAAAAAGUAUAAAUUGAGACCAAAAUCAGCAGAUUUGAAUUAUUCACCCGAUGAUUACUGGAAUGAGGAACAUGAAGCCAAAUUUAAUGAUAUACUUCAAAGAUAUGCUGACGUGGGGCCACAGUUGGCUGAGGCAUUAACUUGUCUACAAACAACAAUGCAGAAACUCUGCGAGAAUAUUGUACUUUACGAUCGAGUGUGUUACAUGAACGAAUAUGCUGAGGCGCACCCACACAUUAAACUUAAGGUCCGUUGCCAGAAAAUCUUAAAUGAGAAGUUAUCACCUCGCUGCUUCGUUUUAAUCGCGGAAAAAUUAUACAAUAGCUAGAGUAUUAGAAAAAGUAAAUACAUACGUGUAUACAUACACAUGCAAACCACUGCUCUUUUGUUAAUUGAUUUAUAAGAAACCAAAACAUUUAGGAUGAGCUAAUGUACACAAAUUCACACACCACCCAAAUACAAACUUAAUGCUUUCAAAUAGGUUUAAAAUACUCAACCAAAAGUGGAAACCUUCGCAACUUUUCUAAGUAAGCUGAUAAUACAAUUAGCUUUAUGGUUCCCCAACAAAGGAUAUAUAU